AUGGUUAACUUCACCGUAGAUCAGAUCCGGGCCCUUAUGGAUCGCCCCACCAAUAUCCGUAACAUGAGUGUUAUUGCUCAUGUUGACCACGGAAAGUCGACGCUUACCGACUCUUUGGUGUCGAAAGCUGGUAUCAUUGCAAAUGCAAAAGCCGGGGAUAUGCGCUUCACCGAUACACGAGAUGAUGAAAAGGAGCGUGGCAUUACAAUCAAAUCGACCGCCAUCUCCAUGUACUUUGAGGUCGACAAGGAGGAUUUGAGCGCAAUCAAGCAAAAAACCGACGGCAAUGAGUUCUUGAUCAAUCUGAUCGAUUCUCCUGGUCACGUAGAUUUCUCCUCGGAGGUCACGGCUGCACUUCGUGUCACCGAUGGUGCUCUUGUCGUCGUUGAUUGCGUUGAGGGUGUGUGUGUACAAACGGAGACGGUGCUCCGCCAAGCACUCACGGAGCGCAUCAAGCCUGUUGUUGUUAUCAACAAAGUUGAUCGCGCCCUCCUCGAGCUGCAAGUCGACAAGGAGGCGCUCUUCCAAUCCUUCCGCAGGACCAUUGAAAAUGUGAACGUUAUCAUUUCCACAUAUAACGAUGCUGCACUUGGUGAUGUCCAGGUCUACCCUGAAAAGGGUACUGUCGCAUUCGGCUCCGGGCUGCACGGGUGGGGUUUCACCCUCCGUCAGUUCGCCAACAGGUACUCGAAGAAGUUCGGUGUCGACAAAGAAAAGAUGAUGGCCAAGCUCUGGGGCGACAACUACUUCAACCCGACCACUCGCAAGUGGACAUCGAAGAAUACGGACACCGAUGGCAAGCCCCUUGAGCGCGCGUUCAACAUGUUCGUGCUCGAUCCCAUCUUCAAAAUUUUUGAUGCCGUCAUGAACUUCAAGAAGGACGCUAUCGCCCCAAUGCUUGAGAAACUCGAUGUUAAGCUCGCUCAGGACGAACGUGACCUUGAGGGUAAGGCCCUCUUGAAGGUUAUUAUGCGCAAGUUCCUGCCCGCCGGCGAUUCCCUCCUGGAGAUGAUUGUCAUCAACCUUCCCUCCCCGAAGACUGCUCAGCGCUACCGUGUUGAGACCCUCUACGAAGGUCCCAUGGACGAUGAGUCUGCUAUCGGUAUCCGUGAAUGUGACCCUCAGGGUCCUCUCGUUCUCUAUGUCUCAAAGAUGGUGCCUACCUCCGAUAAAGGUCGUUUCUAUGCCUUUGGUCGUAUCUUCUCUGGAACCGUUCGUGCCGGUCCCAAGAUCCGUAUCCAGGGUCCGAAUUACAUCCCUGGUAAGAAGGAUGACUUGUUCAUCAAGUCGGUGCAGCGCACUAUUCUUAUGAUGGGCCGUUAUGUCGAGCCUAUCGAAGACUGCCCUGCUGGUAAUAUCGUCGGUCUUGUCGGUAUUGAUCAGUUCUUGCUCAAGAGCGGAACUUUAACAACGUCUGAGACGGCGCACAACAUGAAGGUCAUGAGGUUCUCAGUGUCUCCUGUUGUGCAAGUUGCCGUCGAAGUGAAGAACGCUGCUGAUUUGCCCAAGCUCGUCGAAGGCCUUAAGCGCUUAUCGAAGUCGGAUCCAUGUGUUCAGACUUCGAUUAAUGAGAAUGGUGAGCACAUCGUCGCUGGUGCUGGUGAGCUGCACUUGGAGAUUUGCUUGAAGGACUUGAUGGAGGAUCACGCCGGUGUCCCUCUCAAGAUUUCUGACCCGGUCGUUCCAUACCGUGAAACUGUUAAGGCCGAGUCUUCGAUUGUUGCACUCUCCAAAUCACAGAACAAGCACAACCGGCUGUACGUGAAGGCAAUGCCUAUUGAGGAGGAGCUCUCCCUUGCCAUUGAGGCAGGAAAGGUCAAUUCUCGUGAUGAUUACAAGAUUCGCGCACGUAUCCUUGCUGAUGAAUAUGGAUGGGAUGUUACGGACGCGCGGAAAAUCUGGUGUUUCGGUCCCGAAACAACUGGCCCGAACAUGCUUGUUGAUGUAACGAAAGGAGUUCAGUACUUGAACGAAAUCAAGGAUUCGUGUAUUGCCGCGUUCCAGUGGGCCACAAAGGAGGGUGUAUGUGCGGAGGAGAACAUGCGUGGUGUUCGCGUGAACGUUCUCGAUGUUACGCUCCACACUGAUGCCAUCCACCGCGGUGGAGGACAGAUUAUUCCUACCUGUCGUCGCGUCUGCUACGCUGCAUGCCUCCUUGCUACGCCGGGCUUGCAGGAGCCCGUUUACCUUGUUGAAAUUCAAUGUCCUGAGAACGCCAUUGGUGGUAUUUACAGUGUACUCAACAAGCGUCGUGGACAGGUCUUCAGUGAAGAACAGCGCGUCGGAACGCCGAUGUUUACUGUCAAGGCUUACUUGCCCGUCAAUGAGUCUUUCGGUUUCAACGGCGAGCUUCGUUCGCAUACUGGUGGCCAGGCGUUCCCCCAGAGCGUGUUUGAUCACUGGGAGUUAAUGAACGGAUCUCCCCUCGACAAAGGCAGCAAGAUUGAAGAACUCGUCAAGGAAAUUCGUACGCGCAAGGGUCUCAAGCCGGAUAUCCCGCCGCUGGAUACCUACUACGACAAGCUGUAA